AUGCUUACAAUUUCUGUUUGGAUUCCUUCCGUGUAUUCAACAGCGACGAAUUCAGCACAACAAUCUGGUGUACAAACUCAGCAGUAUUCGCCUGCUAGAUAUCCAACAACGGUUCAAGGUACAGCUGGAAUAAGUCCCUGUUAUCCCCAAGGGCAGGCACAAAUAAUAUCUCCAACUCAAGCGCCUACAAUCGCAUCACAGCCACCUUCUUCAUCUAUGGGUCCAGCUGUUGUACCAAAUGCUGCAUCUAUUCCACGAAUGGAAGUGCCUGGAGGUGGUGGAGCAAUUGCUCCACAACACGUUCGCAUUAUUCCUCAAUCAGCACCAUUCUUUGGUCAUGCUAAUGCAGUUCUAAAUUCUUACAUUUUAGUGCAAGGAGAUAUGUGUCUUAUCGGUUGUUUCUUCAUUGUUAUUGAACAUGAAAGAAUAUUAGUUGAUCGUUUGGAUGUGCAAGAAAUUGGUGCUGUUGUACGACUGCAUGGAGGUGAAAUUGAAUUUGGUCCUCGUGCUUAUAAUAGUGUGAAUAGCGAACGUGUGACGCAUAUUAUUUGUGAAUCGAUGCGUCACCAUCUCGUGCAACAGGCUCUAAAGGAGCGAAAACGGUGCAUCACUUUGCAAUGGCUUAAUGAUGUUGUGGCGAAAAAGCGUCUAGAAGUACCAUGGAGAGUCUCUCAUUUACCAUCUCUAUGGGCAGAGAAUCAUCGGCCAGCAGCUGGAAAGAUUAUAGCAAUUCGUGGAUUUUGCGAAAAUGAACGUAGUGGUAUAAAAUUGAUGAUAAAUGCUAUCGGGGCGCGAUAUACACCGUAUCUCACUCGGCAUAAUCAUUUUCUUAUCACAAAGAGUAAUGAUAGUGAGAUAAUUGAAAAAUGCCGUGAAUAUGGUGUAACAGUUGUUAAUUACCAAUGGCUUGUGGAUAUAUAUCUCGGAUUGAAAAAUGUUGUUAACGAAAACGAAAAUUGUUAUUUUCCGAUGCCGAAUAUGGUUUCCGAGGUUAAUGUAUCACCAUAUGCACUCGAACAUUUCAGCGAUUUGUGCAAACAGCUGCUCGCGCCGUGGAGAUCUCCAAUUAUUUUUACGAAUGAACAGUGGCAACGCGCUAAUGAAAUAAAAAGAAACGUUGAGAAUGAUGAAAACAUUUUUCCCAAUAAAAAGCUAAGAUGUUCAACGCCACCACCCACUGAAGAAGAUAUUGCGAUGAAUCUUGGUGAAAUCGAGAAAUUAGAAGAAAUUCCUGUCGUUUGCUUCACUGGUUUUACAUCAGAGGAAAUGGAUGCUCUUGGAAGGAAGAUUCGAUUCCUUGGUGGAAAAAUAACAGAUUCGGUAAUGGAAUGCACACAUCUCGUAGCACUAAAUUUGUGGCGUACGAUGAAGCUAUUACAGGCUAUAGCCUUAGGCAAGAAUGUUGUUGGUCCUAAUUGGAUUACUGAUGGUUAUCGAUAUCGAACUAUACCAGGCUUGUUGUUUUUCUUUACGAAACAUUUCUUGUGUCAGUUUUCAGAUACAAUGGAUUAUUUUAUGCGGGAUGACGAGAAUGAAAAAUGUUUCGGUUAUAAUCUUAAGUACAGUAUUUUACGAGCAAGGUGUCGGAAAAUUUUCCAAGACGUUAUGUUUUAUUUGACGCCGAGCGUGGAACCAUCUUAUAGCGCGCUUUCAUCCCUUAUUAUAUUAGCUGGUGGGAAGGUUUUGGAGGAUAAACCUCAACCUCAGUUUGUGAUUCGUUGCAUCGAGGUACUGCUUCCAUUCAAUACUGAUUCUCCGUUACUUUUAAUUAGUAACGAAAGCGACAUUCAUCUGCUGCAGUAUCUCAUGGAUUCUGCACUGCCUGUUUUUAAUGUGGAAAUCGUACUAACAGGUAUUUUACGACAGAAACUGGAAAAUUCGCCCUUGUAUCGUGUACCAGUCACACGACCUUCAACGUUUACACCAUCGCCUUCACAAAAUUCACGCUCGAAAACUCCACAGAUCACAAUGCAGCGGAUUACUGCUUGA